AUGUCUUCAUCAGAAAGUGAGGAUGGACGUCGUUCAGGUCACUCGAGCCAUGUUCAGCCUUCUGAGACAGGCUCCCGCUCCCGCGCUUCUUCGCGUUCACCUUCACGCUCUUCCCAGAGACAUCAUCGUCGUCAAAACCAUUCCAAAUCCAAAGUCGUUGAUGCAAAUGUAGAAAAGUUGGGUCGUGAAAACCAGAAGUUAAAACGAAAAAUUGAUGCUCUGCAACUCGAGUAUGCUGCAGUGUCCAAGAAAACCCGCAAAAAGGGUGCGGAAAAAUCAAUUGAGAACCAAGGAAGAGCAUUGGCCAGGAUUGCGACUUUGUACACACCCAUUGCAUCUCUUGUCAGGUGCUUUUUUGCAUAUGAUACUGAUGCUGAAGAGGAGGAUGAUCCUGCUGAUCCUGCUGACCUCGACGAGAAAGAGUCGGAGGAGUACUUCAAGCAUCAGAUGGAAAAGCGCAAGAUGCAGCGUGAUAUACGGGCAUACCAUAUUGUUGUCAAAACAGUACCUGGGUUCCAGAAGGCGGUAGAUGCAGCAGGCACAGAUAUCAGUGCAAUUCUUACUUUGUGCAAGCAGUUACAAUAUGGCAGUAUUUCAGCUCGUAGUGAUGAUGUUCAUAUGCUCAUGAUUGAGCUUGCCAACUGGCUCAAUUUCCGACCACUUCCCUCUCGUGCUGACCCUUUGCUGUUGAACCAUAGCCGCGAGCUUCGAGGCUUCAAACACGAUUUGACGGUGAAGCUACUUUGUCCUGUUGAAUAUGACUGGUCCGACUCUGCGGUACGUGCUAAAAUCCGGAACAAGGAGAUCAAGAUAAACACUUCGUUCUUCAUCCGUGCUUUCUACCAAGGUGAAGAAGGUAACCCCAACAACGUUGAGGAAGGAUUCCUUCGUAGUACCCUACUUGUACAGACGUGGCGUCAAAUCUAUCGAGCAAGUGGUUCUAUCUCAGAGGAUGAGAUUCCAAGCUCGCAGUCUGACCACAGUAAUGCUUCGGCACCAGUACCGCAAAGUAACAAAGCAAGGUCAUCAACAAAGCAAAGUCUUGCCGAGUUAUAUGGCCUCAACCAAGUCACUCCACGGACCAUUGCAUACUCUUGCGUCUUGCUUCGCUUUUCUCUCUCUCAUGCCAAGACAUGGGGACAAGACCGCUCUUUCAACUACGAAGGUCUUUACAAUGAGAUUGUUGAUUACUUUGAGGCCGCAGACCCGGAGGAUGAGGAAGUGCAAACACAUCUGGCAGAGCUGCUGCACUGGUGGAAUGAGCAAGCUUUCGCAGAAGAGGACGCUUCGAACAGCCUCAAACCUUCUCUCCACUUCCAAUCUACUCUAGAAGAACAACGUGCAGCCAAAUUGUCGGCGGCGGCGGCGGCGGCGGCAAUGGUCCCUGUGUCUGGUAGUGCAUCCACUUCUUAA